AUGAGCCAACUUUAAGAUUUAUCUUAUUACAAUACUUCACCAAUACAAUCUAAAGCACCCAAGAUUGAUUUAAUAAGUACCUUACUUAAUCAAAAGAGAGAAAUAAGAAGAUUGAUAAAAGUGACAAAUAAUAUCUUGGUAAAACAAAACUAAAAAUAAUAAUUUGAUAUUCAGGAGGAGGAUCUUAGCAUGAAAUACAGCAAUUUAAGAAGAGAGAAUAUCAGCAUUGAAAUGGACAGAAAUGAGUUUACUAAUAGUUAAUUCAAAGAGCAUCGUUAUGGAUGCAAAGAAUUAAUAAAUGCUAAGGGCCUAAGUAAUGGCUUAAAAAUUUGUUCUCUAGACAUUAAUCAGAGCCAAUAAUUUCUAUUGCCGAAAAUAUCAUCUUUUAUUGAAUAAAAAGGGAUGAGAAAGUACAGUAUAUCUGAUAAGAGAAAUUCUACCCUCACUAAUCAAAAUCCAUCAUCUGAAAAUACAGCUUUAUAGUCCUAAACUUAACUUUUCAAGCUUCCUUAUGUUUAUAAUAAAGCACAGGGGGAUAUUCAGAAUAAUUAAUAAGAAUAAACUGAGAUGGUGAGAUCUGCCUAGAAUUUUAAAAUACAACUGGUUCCUUUAGAAGGAAAGCAGAAAAAAGAAAGAAGGACUCAAUUUUAAUAACGCAAAUUUUAGUCUACACCUAAUAAUGAAAUAAAUUAAAAUCCAACUAUGCUGAAGGUUGAGUCCAUAUUAUCCAAUUCUAAACUACCACCGCCCCCGCCACUUCACCGGAAACACGACAGUACUUCGAUAAAUUCAAGGUUAGAAUCGAUAAGUAACAUCUCAUCUCAUUCUACAACCAGAAAGAUUCAAAACAAAAAAGAAUUGGGGGAGCCCUAAAGUGGAAGGAGAAAAUAUAAUCUCUAGAAGGCCUUUAAAGUAUCUUUCAUGUCAAGAGGAGGAAAUCGUAUUUCACUUGCCAAAACAAAGUCAUCGGGCUCUGGAAUUUUAAUAACUUGA